CUCAAAAUAAACAAUGGCUUUUAGUACUAUAAUGUUCUUUCGUUUUCUUGUCGCAUCAUGGAUUCUAAGUGUGUGUUUGGCGGAUCGUGUGAAUCUUAACGUUAGAGGAGUGACCUCCAUUGCACAGACGGAUGACAACUUCGUCUGCGCCACCUUGGACUGGUGGCCGGAGAAUAAGUGCAAUUACAACCAGUGCCCCUGGGGAAAGUCUGGUAUCCCCAAUCUGGAAUUGAAAAAUAAGACUCUCAUCAAUGCCAUCAAAGCAUUCGAUAGUCUUAGAUUGAGGAUCGGGGGUUCUUUACAAGAUCAAGUGUUGUACAACGUUGGUUAUGGAGUGAAAAACUGCCAAGACUUUAACAGAACGGACGAUGACAUGUUUGGCUUCACCGGUGGUUGUCUUCACAUGGAGAAAUGGGAUGAAUUGCAUCAUUUGUUCAACAAAACCGGCGCUAUUAUGACUUUCGGCUUGAACGCUUUAUUGGGAAGGCAAAAGUCUAAUAACGGUACUACCCUUUGGGUGGGUGAUUGGAACUCCCAAAAUGCUAGGGAUCUUAUGGAAUACACCGUGUCACGAGGGUAUAAAGUUGAUUCUUAUGAACUUGGGAAUGAAUUGUGUGGCACUGGAGUGGCCGCAAGAGUAGAGGCAGAUCAAUAUGCAAAAGAUAUGAUGACUCUUAAGAAGCUUGUUGAAGAGAUUCACCCGAACCCUACAACCCGACCAAAGAUUUUGGGUCCGGGUGGAUUUUAUGAGGAGAAGUGGUUUAACACCUUCCUUCAAACCGCAAGUCCUAAUGUUAUUGAAGCUUUGACACACCACGUCUACAAUCUUGGCUCAGGAGAUGACAAAAAUCUUAUCAAUAAGAUCCAAGACCCAUAUUAUCUUGACCAGGUUGCCCAGACAUACAAGGAUGUCUCCACCAGCGUCCAACGUUUUGGCCCAUGGACCGAAGCUUGGGUAGGAGAAUCGGGUGGUGCUUACAACAGUGGUGGUAAAGAUGUUUCCCAUUACUUUGCUGAUGGCUUCUGGUACUUGGAUCAACUAGGAAUGACAUCAACCUUCAAUCACAAGGUGUACUGUAGACAAGCUUUGAUUGGUGGAAACUAUGCUCUGCUGAACACAACAACUUUCAUCCCAAAUCCAGAUUAUUAUGGUGCCCUCUUGUGGAAUCGCUUGAUGGGCAAGAAAGUAUUGGCUGUAUCCCACAAUAGCUCUCCUUACCUCCGAGCUUACACUCAUUGUUCUAGACAUGGGAGCGGGAUAGCUGCACUAUUGAUAAAUUUGUCAAACUCCACGACCUUUGAAGUCUUCCCCAUAAAUGAUAUGAAUUUGUACCCUGGAAAUGACAUGAAUCCUGGGACUCCUCAAAGUCUUCAAAGUAUUGAUAAUAUGCCUGAGAGAGAAGAAUACCAUCUGAGCCCAGAAGGAGGGAACAUCCAGACUGAUAUUGUUCUACUAAAUGGAACACCAUUGAAGCUUACAAAAGACUAUGAUAUUCCCACUUUGAACCCAAUGUUGGUUGACCCUACCUUGCCAAUCAUUGUUCAACCUGAUUCCAUUGUCUUUGCCACCCUCAAAGGCUUUAAAGCCCCUGCUUGUGCUUAGAAAAUAUCAUUUCUGUUAGUUUCGUUAGGUUUUAUUUGUUUCUCAGUAGCAGGAACCAAUAGCAUUAUAUUUGUUUACAUUUUUCUUUUGUUUAAUUUGGUUAAUUAGUCAUUGAAUGAAGAAAUGUUUAGUACCAGUUCACUGCUUUUAAUCAUAGAUUUAAAAAAUCCC